AUGACUGAUGCACAAUAUACACUUCUUGAAAAGCUUGGAACUGGAUCAUUCGGUGUAGUAUGGAAGGCAGUACGUAGAAAAACAGGAGAAAUUGUAGCAAUUAAGCAGAUUGAUUUAGAAUCGACAGAUGAUGAUAUUACAGAAAUACAGAAAGAAAUUGCGCUUUUGAGUGGAUGUGAUAGUAGAUAUGUUACUAAAUAUUAUUCUUCAUUUGUUAAAGGACAUAAAUUAUGGAUUGGUAUCACCAAUAUGAGUAUAUUGAAAAGAUUUAUUUUUUUAGUUAUGGAAUAUAUGGCAGGUGGUUCAGCGCUUGAUCUUCUCAAGCCGGGCCCUUUUACAGAAGCUCAAAUUGCCAUUCUUUGUAGAGAGCUUCUUGAAGGCCUUUGCUACUUGCAUAGCGAAGGAAAGAUACAUAGAGAUAUUAAAGGUAAAGCAUUGAGUCUAUUUAUACUUGAUUGUUUAUUAUCUUUAGCUGCAAAUGUUUUAUUAUCAUUCUCAGGUCAAGUUAAAUUAGCGGAUUUUGGUGUAGCAGCACAAUUAUCAAGUCAUAAAUCGCGUCGCAAUACUUUUGUUGGCACACCUUUUUGGAUGGCACCUGAAGUUAUUAGACAAUCCGGUUAUGACUAUAAAGCAGACAUAUGGUCUCUUGGAAUCACUGCUAUUGAACUUGCUCGUGGAGAACCACCUCUUUCAGAAUAUCAUCCAAUGAGGGUUCUUUUCCUUAUUCCUAAAGCCAAACCCCCUGUUCUUGAAGGAAAUUAUUCAAAAGAAUUUAAAGAUUUUGUGUCUUUAUGUUUAAUUAAAGAUACACGAGCUAGACCAUCAGCCAAAGAUCUUCUCAAACAUAAAUUUAUCAAAUCUGCAGGGAAAUCAUCUCUUUUACAAGAACUUCUUGAAAGACGGCAAGAAUGGGAUAUAAGAAGAGGAGAUAGGCCUCAACGUACUUAUACAGAAACUAUAAAUACACUACCUGUUAACAAUCAUGAAGAAUGGAAUUUUGAUACUAUUAAACCAAAUAUUCCUUUAGAAAAUGAAUCUAUUGAAACUGUUCGGAAAAAUAUUCAAGAAACUGCUACAGCUUUACGUCGAAUUGAUCUAAAUAUUUAUGAUAACUCGGAUACAGUUAAAACACAAAUUCAUAGUGGUCAAAUUGUUUCUUUAAAAAAUGCAUCUGCUCCUGAAAAUUUAGAAAAAAAUACUUUAUUUAAAAAAAAUAAAAAUGAAAAAGGGUAUAAUCUUAUGAUAGUUUAUUUAAAUUAUUUAUUUAUAACUUUUAACAAUGAAAAAAAAGAAACACUGUGUAUAGCUAAACCUGAUUUAACUCAAAUAGUUUUAGAUGAAUCAAAUAAUGAUUCAGGAUGCAAAUUUUAUCAUGAUAUCUUAAAUCCAACUAUUGAAGAGUUAAAAUCUCAAAAUAAUGACUGUAUCCACUUUGAUACUUUAAAUGAAUUAGCAAAAUCAUGGUAUCGUUUUGCAUCUUUAAAUUCAAAAGGUGAAACAUUAUUUGUUCGCAAACUUAUCGAAAAAUUAAAAAGUAAUCCUGAACUCUGUACUGCAUUUAAUUUAGAUUUGCAUUUACCAUUAGAAGAAACUUCAACUAAAACUAAAAAAAACCUUUUAACUGAAAAACCAUCUAUAAAAUCUCAUAUUUUAUUACAAAAUACAAGAAGUCCUAUCGCUGAACUAUUAUACAUUAGAUGGAUUGAGGGCCUAAAAAGUCGAUGGCAAUUUUCAUAA